AGAAAAAUGCUAUUCUGAGAGGCGGUGAGCUCAGGGUAGUCGGGAAAGCUUCAUUUUGGGCAUAAAGCCAUCUUUAAAAGAAGCCGGGCAAAGCAAAGGGCAAAGAAGCUGCUGCAACGGGGCUCUGGCAACAAGUGCUGUAAACGGGAGCCACAGUGGGAGCAGAAAGCGGAAGGAAGGGCUGUAACAAAGUCCAGACGGCUCCUCGUGUCUCCUCAAUUACUCACCGGGCUAAGCGAGUUCACCCCUUGUGUAACACGGCUCACUUGACAUCUAAUCAGCUAUUUUUUCUUGCCGGCACAGUCGCAAUACCAGCCUCUCUCUCCCAACCCGCCUCCCGCCGGGGCGAGAGGCAGGAGCGGCUCCGUGCCCAGCAAACUGCAAAGCCAACAAGGAACACAUUUGACUGCGCAAACAACCCCAAACUGAGGAUGCUUUCCCCUCCCUCUGCUUGUACCAGACAGGAAAAACUGCUUUCGGUGUUUCCUUUGGUGGAGGGGGGUGUUGGUGGAAGGUGUGGAGCAUCGCUGCGUGCCCAGCCCUGGGCACAAGACCUGGGAGCGCAAAACCGCCCUUUGCUGCGGCACCCUAAAAAUGAAGCUGUCGGGGGAGCAAGCUUCCUUCCCAGAGAAUUGGUCAACUUUGGGAGGGGGUUUUGCACGGUUUUGGGGAGGAAGCAGCUGGGUUGGGUGACAAACGGCCUGGAAACCCGCAGCGAUCACCAACGGAGCUCUUUUCAGAGGGAUUUUUUUCCUUUCGGCUCAGGGCGUCACGGCUUUGGCGAUGGGUUGUGUGGGUUUUGGUGGUGCCCGGGGCCGUGCGGGACUGGGGGUCCCGCUGGCUCUGCGUGGGGAAAGGGGCUGCGUGGGUCAUCGUUUUCUCAGGGGAUUUUCCUCCCGUUUGGGUAAAUGGAGCUUUCGUCCCCCACAGGGUUCGACCUCUCCGCCACGUGCCCGGGAGCCAGGGGAGCGGGAAGAGGCGCCGGGAGCCAUGGCGAGCCCCUCGCCCACCGGCAACCCCACCGAGGUGCAGAUGAGCCAACUGGUGCUGCCCUGCCACACCAACCACCGCGGCGAGCUCAGCACCGGCCAGCUGCUCAAGUGGAUCGACACGGCCGCCUGCCUCUCCGCCGAGAGACACGCCGGCUGCCCAUGCGUCACGGCUUCCAUGGAUGAUAUCUAUUUUGAGCAUACCAUUAGCCAGCCAUAUAUAAACCCUCCUGGGCAGCGGGACGGGAGGAACGGUGUCUGCGUCGGGCAAGUUGUCAACAUCAAAGCCAAAGUGAACCGAGCCUUUAACUCCAGCAUGGAGGUGGGCAUCCAGGUGAGCUACGAGGACCUGUGCAGCGGGAAGCAUUGCAGCAUCUGCAAGGCGUACGCCACUUUUGUGGCGCAGGGCCCCUCCGGCAGCAAGGUGAAACUGAAGCCGCUGACCCCGCAGACGGAGGAGGAGAAGAUAGAGCACAGCAUCGCCGCCGAGCGCCGCCGCAUGCGGCUGGUCCACAAGGACACCCUCAAGGACCUCCUCACCCGCAGCCCCCGUGAAACCGAGCUGGAGACGCGGGACGGCAGCGCGGCGGUGCCGGCGGAGAAGACGCGGGUGGAGAGCGUGGAGCUGGUGCUGCCCCCGCACGCCAACCAUCAGGGCAACACCUUCGGUGGGCAGAUCAUGGCCUGGAUGGAGAAUGUGGCCACCAUCGCAGCCAGCCGACUGUGCCAUGCCCACCCCACGCUGCGGGCCAUCGAGAUGUUCCACUUUCGGGGACCAUCGCAAGUCGGGGACCGCCUGGUGCUCAAAGCCAUCGUCAACAACGCCUUCAAAAACAGCAUGGAGGUGGGGGUCUGCGCCGAGGCGUACGGCCAGGAGAUGUCCGUCAGCCGAAGGCACAUCAACAGCGCGUUCAUGACCUUCGUGGUGCUGGACCAGGAGGGCCAGCCCUGCACCCUGCCCAUGGUGGCACCCGAACCGGGGGAUGGAGUGAGGAGGUACAGAGAAGCCAGCGCUAGGAAAAAAAUUCGGCUGGACCGAAAAUACGUCGUCUCCUGCAAACAGACCGAGGUGCCGCUCUCCGUGCCCUGGGACCAAAGCAACAAGGUUUAUCUGAGCUACAACAACGUCUCUGCGCUGAAGACGCUCGUAGCCAAAGCCAACUGGGCACUCGCCAGGGAAAAGGAAAAGGUGCGGAUGUACACGCUGGAGGAGGACAAGUUCCUCUCCUUCCGUAUCGAGAUGUCGGUCCGCAUCGCCGCCGGCCGAGCCUUCUCCCUGCUCUCCGACCUGCGGCGCCGGCACGAGUGGGACAGCCACUACGCGAGCGCCGAGCUCGUCCAGCAAGUAGAUGAUGACGACAUGAUCUACCACGUGGUGAGCCAGACGCUCAGCCACGAGAACAAGCCGCAGGACUUCGUCAUCCUGGCGUCCCGACGGAAACCCUGCAGCAAGGGGGACCCCUACGUGGUGGCCUUUCGGUCGGUGACGCUGCCCACCCACCCCGCCAGCGCCAGCUUCACACGGGGGGAGACGCUCUGCUCUGGCUUCUGCAUUUGGCCGGAGUCAGAGGAGACGAGCAAGGUGGCUUACUACAACCAGGCUACACCGGGGUACCUCAACUACGUCACCACCAACGUGGCGGGACUGUCCUCCAACUUCUGCGCCACCUUCGAAGCCUGUGAGAAGUUCCUGCUGAAGAACAAGGAGGACCUGAUCGUGCGGCUGCAGGAUCUCUAGAGCCACGGCACCCCUGAAGACAGACGGACAGACAGAUGAGGGGGCACCUUGGUGGUGGAAGGGGACACGGGAUGGUGGCACCCAGACCCUGCCUCCCCUGGGGGCUUUGGCCCAAACGAGGUCCCAGGGGCUGGGCAUCACUCUACUGUCUUGCCCCUUGCACUGAUGUGUCAUGUCUUUUCUUCUUCCUUUUUUUUUUUUUUUUUUUUUUAGAAAUUUUAUAAGCUGAUGUACAGGACUUGGUUUUCUAGUUCACUUAAUGCUACUUGAAUCUUUAUAUGAUCCAAAGUCUUCCUAACACUGAUUUUUUUUUUUUUUUUACUAUUUCUUUAUGGGGGAAACUGGUUCCCUUCGAUGCAGCAAAGGGAGAGAGGGGGCAGUGAUGUGGGGAGGGUGCCGUAUCCCUCCCCGGUGCAGAUGCGGCCGGUGGAGCAUCUCCCCCCGCAGCUGCCCGGUGCUGCUCCUCUUCCCAGGCGAGGCAGGCAAACAGCUCCUGCUCCCGCCGGGGUGAAAUCCCACCUCACGGGGCUGUGGAAAGAAGGAGUGGCAAUAAAAAUGCAUUAAAAGAAAAAAAAAACAAACCUGUAUC